AUGCCGCAUAAUGAUCCUCUCCUCAUUGAUAUUGGAAUUGGCGAAUGCCAGGUCACGAAAGUUUUCGUCGACACCGGCAGCUCAGUCGAUCUUAUCUUUCGAGAUACGCUUGACAAGAUGGGGAUCGACCUACGCGAUAUGAAGCCUUCUUCACGCACUCUCACGGGGUUCAACGGUUCCUUGGAACAGAUGAUCGGGACAAUACGUAUCCCGGUUUACGCAGGGGACGUAACCCAAACCGUUAAGUUCUCUGUUAUCCGGGCUAAGGCGCCUUACAACGCUAUCCUCGGCACCCCUUGGUUACACUCCAUGAAGGCCAUUCCCUCUACUUAUCACCAGUGUGUAAAGUUUCCCGGGAAAUACGGAACAACACAGACGAUCCGUGGAGACCAACGAGCUGCGAGGUUGCUGCUUAUCACCGUAGUCAAAUUACAACAGUCGGUUCCUCUCGUCAACUCAGUCGCCAAACCAAUUCAUAAGAUCAAUCCCCAGAAGGAAGAAGUCUGGGAGGUCCACAUCGAUGAAGCCGAUCCGACGAAAGUCAUACGCGUUGGAGCCUUCCUCUCCGACGAAAUGCAAUCACAGGUCAUCUCCUUCCUCAGAGCAAACACUUCGACUUUUGCAUGGACAACUUCGGAUAUGAAGGGGAUAGACCCCACCGUAGCGUCCCACGAGUUUAACGUCGACCCUCCGUUCAAACUUAUUCGGCAGAAAAGACGAAAGCUCGGACCUGAGCGGUCUAAAGCUGUGAAUGAAGAAGUCGACAGACUGCUCGAGGCAGGCUUCAUUGCCGAGGUCCGAUAUCCAGAAUAG